AUGCCUUUGCCCAUCCUUGCUGAGGGUGCUACCCGAGGCCUUUCAGCAAUUCCCUAUGGAUAUACUGCCAUGAAAACAGUAGCUGGUCUUGCUGUAAUUGCCGCGUUAAAACGAUAUUUUGGAGGAGCCACCUUGACUCCGAAAGUCAUGCACUCUAAAGUGGUACUUGUUACGGGCGGAACAUCUGGCAUUGGUGCAGCGGUCGUUCGAGAAUUGGCAAUUAGAGGUGCCCAGGUCAUAAUACUGACCCAACACUUGCCUUCUGAUCCGUUUGUUGUCGACUAUAUUGAAGAUCUCCGUACCUCGACUGGAAACGAACUCAUAUACGCAGAACAAGUUGACCUUUCCUCGCUGUAUUCCAUUCGGCUGUUUGCUACAAAAUGGAUCGACAACAGCCCUGUACGGCGGCUUGAUAUGAUUGUGCUUUGUGCGAAUACACAAAAACCAUCUUCUUCUCGAACAUCGCAUGGAACAAGCGAAGGGCUUCAGGAAGAAUGGCAAAUAAAUUAUCUUGCUAACUACCAUUUACUGAGCAUUUUAAGCCCUGCUUUGCGAGCCCAGCCGCCCGACCGAGACGUACGAGUUAUAUUCACUACUUGUUCAAGUUAUAUCGGGGCGAAUAAGUUAGAUCUCAAAGUAUUGGAAAAGGCAACAGUCAUCCAGCAUUCAGUUGAUUCGUCGUCAAAACAAAAGGCCAAAACGGAUCCCGAAUCGCUCGUGUCCAGUAGCAGCAUGUAUGCGACCUCUAAGCUUGCACUUAUGAUUUUUGCACGCUCAUUUCAGCAACAUUUAACUUAUACCCCUCGCACUGACAAGCAAAAUAACCCUCUCCCACCUCCGCCCGCUCGGGUCUUAGUUGUGGACCCAGGAUUUUGCAGAACUCCAGGAACCCGUCGGUGGCUUACUGGAGGCUCAUUGUGGGGGCUCUUAUUCUAUCUUAUAACUUGGCCGAUAUGGUGGCUAGUGCUUAAAUCGUCCGAGCAAGGCGCACAGAGUAUACUUAUGGCAGCAAUGGAAGCAAACUUCAGCGGAGUUGGGAACACGGCCGCCGUUAGCCUUGAUGAAAUUAAGAAAAUGGCGGGUGAAAAUAGCGACAUGACCGGGCGUAUGAAAGUAGGUAUCGAGGGAGGGACCUUAUUAAAGGAAUGCAAGGAGCGCCACGUUCUUCGAAGCGAGAUCAUGGAUGAGAAGGCAGGCAAAGAGCUAUGGGAGUUCAGCCAGCGACAAAUUGAGCAGAAGGAAAAGGAAGCUGCUUUACUCAGGGCGAUGGAGAAGAAAGCUAGAGAGGAGGAAGAGAAGAAAAAGAAAAAGCAGUCAAAGACUGAGACGUCAAUUGAAGGAAAGAGGAAGAAAUGA